AACGCAAGCUAGACGGGGGACGUGUGGAUUUGGAGCUUGGACGAUGUGAGUUUGGAGCUUCGGACAAGGACAACGUAACAAGAACCCCCACCAAAUUCUAUACAUUCAUGUAAUGACCACCAAAUUUAAAAGAAGAAACCUUCUUCGCGAAACAAAUUUGAAACCAAAUGAAUACUCUAUGUUUUGUGCUUAAUCUUUUUACCAUCUUCUUUCUCCUCCCAUCUUGUCUCUCCAAAGUUUCGAUCUCUUUCUCACCCAAGACACUAUCCAAAUCGGGUGACCCGGUUACCAUUAAAUGGUCCGGAGUUGACGCGCCUUCGGAGCUCGACUGGGUCGGCAUUUACUCACCUCCCAACUCCUCUAAAGACCACUAUAUUGGCUACUUUAAUCUCUCCAAGUCAGAGACAUGGCAAUCCGGGUCGGGUUCUCUUACUUUCCCUCUUGUCAACCUCCGAUCCAACUACCAGUUUCGGAUCUUUAGAUGGUUCGAGUCGGAGGUCAACCCGAAACAUCGUGAUCAUGAUCAUAACCCCAUUCCUGGGACGAAGCAUUUGCUGGUGGAGUCGGAGGAGUUGGGUUUUGAGCCGGGACGGGGCCCCGAGCAGGUCCAUUUGGCGUUAACGGGUCAGGAUGGUGAGAUGAGGGUGAUGUUUGUGACCCAUGAUGGGAAAGAGAGUUUUGUGAAAUACGGGUCGAGUCAGGAUGAUAUGGAUCGGGUUGUGGGUACAAAAGUGGUGAGGUAUGAAAAGGAACAUAUGUGUGAUUAUCCGGCAAAUCAUAGUAUUGGGUGGAGAGAUCCCGGGUUUAUACAUGAUGGAGUUAUGAAGGAUUUGAAGAAAGGGAAAAAAUAUUAUUACAAGGUUGGAAGCGAUUCUGGGGGAUGGAGCAUCUCUUACAGCUUUGUUUCACACAAUGGGGAUUCAAAUGAAACAGUCGCUUUUUUAUUUGGCGACAUGGGUACUGCGACACCAUACUCCACAUUUUACCGUACGCAAGAAGAGAGCUUAUCUACCAUAAAGUGGAUCAGCCGUGAUAUCGAUGCUCUUGGAGACCAGCCUGCUUUCAUCUCGCAUAUUGGAGAUAUUAGUUAUGCUAGAGGGUUCGCGUGGAUAUGGGAUACCUUUUUUAAUCAGAUUGAGCAUGUUGCUUCCAAGCUCCCCUACCAUGUCUGCAUUGGUAAUCACGAGUAUGAUUGGCCAUUACAGCCUUGGAAACCUGAUUGGUCUUACUCAGUUUAUGGAAAGGACGGGGGUGGGGAAUGUGGCGUGCCUUACAGUCUCAGGUUUAACAUGCCCGGAAACUCUUCUGAAGUAGCAGCAACCAAUGCGCCUGCUACCCAAAAUCUGUAUUACUCUUUUAAUGUUGGCGUUGUGCACUUUCUUUAUAUAUCGACCGAAACCAAUUUUCUACAGGGGAGUAAACAAUAUAAUUUUAUUAAGCAUGAUUUACAAUCAGUUAACCGUGACAAGUUCCCUUUUGUGGUAGUCCAAGGGCACAGACCAAUGUACACAACAAGCAAUGAGGAUAGGGAAUUGCCCUUAGUCAAGAAGAUGCUUGAGCACCUGGAACCUUUGUUUGUGGAGAACAAGGUGACACUGGCUUUCUGGGGACAUGUCCAUAGGUAUGAGAGAUUUUGUCCACUAAACAACUUCACAUGUGGUAGCUUUGGUUAUCAAGGGAAAUCUUGGGAAGCAUUCCCUGUUCAUGUUGUGAUUGGCAUGGCAGGCCAAGACUGGCAAUCGAUCUGGCAACCCAGAGCAGAUCAUCCCACUGACCCUGUUUUCCCACAACCCAAGUGGUCCAUGUACCGUGGAGGUGAGUUUGGGUACACCAGACUUUACGCUACAAAAGAAAAACUCACCCUCUCUUAUGUGGGAAAUCAUGAUGGAGAGGUACAUGAUACGGUCGAGAUUCUUGCGUCCGGACAAGUUUUGGAUGGUAAUCUAGAUGACGAUAGUGCCAAAGCAAGAGCUGAGACACAAUCUCCUUUGUCAUGGUAUAUUAUGGGUGCUGGUAUACUUGUUCUUGGGGUUUUUAUAGGAUAUGUCGUUGGAUUCAUAUUACAUAGUCACAGAAAAGCUGCCUUGGGUAAUAAAUGGAUGCCGGUUAGGAGUGAAGAAGCAUGAUAUCCGAUUAGUAGAUGAAUCGCAGUGAAGCAGAAAGUUAAGUGAAAACACAAAAUUCAGGUAGAUUUCUGGCAAUAGAUUGUCAAACCUGGUAUGGUAUGGUGUGUACAUAACAAACUUAUGGUGCAAAGUUAAGUCGGUAUGGAACAGUUAAACCUGGGAGGACGAGGGGGCUAGAAGUGCCAUAAAGAUUACUGAUAUAUACUAUGAUUUUGCUCAUAUUACACAUGUAUAUACUAUUGAGUGGCAUUCAUUAUAUGGUUGCACGCAAGGCUUUUAUAUAUGUAUAUACUAUUGAGAACUGGCUA